AUGCCUUUCCCAGACAGUCUGAGAGAGAAGUGCGAUGAGGCUCUAGCAUCCCCUCUGGCCCACACAGCCUUCACCAGCUCGUCCGUCUUCUCCAAUGGAUAUGCACCCGGAUAUGCCAAGCUCAACAGGAGAGGAGGUGCUGGUGGAUGGUCACCUCUGGACAGUGACCAUUACCAGUGGCUACAGGUGGACCUGGGUUCGAGAAAGCAGGUGAGCGCCAUAGCAACGCAGGGUCGCUACAGCAGCUCUGAUUGGACAACGCGGUACCGUCUCCUCUACAGCGACACAGGAAGGAACUGGAAACCAUACCACCAAGACGGCAACAUUUGGGCCUUCUCUGGGAACUCCAACUCGGAAAGCGCCGUUCGCCACGAGUUGCAGCAGGGAAUCGUGGCGCGCUUCCUCAGGCUCGUCCCGCUGGACUGGAGCGAAGAAGGACGGAUUGGUCUGCGCAUAGAAGUCUAUGGCUGCUCCUACUGGGCGGGCGUGAUCAACUUCGAUGGACAGGGUGUAAUCUCAUAUCGUUUUAAGGUGAAGAAGAUGAAGAUCAUUAAGGAUGUGAUUGCACUGAGGUUCAAGACAUCAGAGAGUGAGGGUGUAAUUCUCCAUGGGGAAGGCCAACAGGGAGACUACAUCACUCUGGAGCUUCGCAAGGCCAAGCUGCUGCUGCAGAUAAACCUGGGCAGUAAUCAGUAUGGCUCUAUCCUGGGUCAUACCUCUGUCACCACCGGCAGCCUCUUAGAUGACAAUCACUGGCACUCAGUGGUGAUUGAACGCUACCGUCGCAAUGUCAACUUCACCUUGGAUAGACACACUCAGCACUUCAGGACCAACGGAGAGUUUGACCACCUCGAUCUGGACUAUGAGUUGAGCUUUGGGGGGAUGCCAUACAGUGGGAAGCCAGUGGGAGGAGGGCGGAAGAACUUUAAAGGCUGCAUGGAGAGCAUCAACUACAAUGGAGACAACAUUACAGAUCUGGCCCGCCGAAAGAAGCUAGACACCUCCAGCUUUCGUAACCUGUCCUUCUCCUGUGUGGAGACCCACACCUUCCCGGUCUUUUUUAAUGCCACCAGCUUCCUACAGCUGCCAGGCCGAGCCAAUCACAACACAAUAUCUGUGAGCUUCCAGUUCCGUACGUGGAACCCCGAUGGGCUCCUCCUCUUCAGCAAUCUUGAUGAUGGCACGCUGGAAAUCUCCCUCGAGGACAGCAAGGUCGUAGUUCGUAUCAAUGUGACAAAGGAAACCGGCAACAACCGGGUAGACCUUUCUUCAGUAUCUCUAAGAAAGAAAGCCACACUGGCUUCUGGCUUCAAUGACACAGUGGGAGCUCAGUAG